CAAAAAGCUCAGAGGUUAGAGCCCUACUACCUGAUAUACGCUGCCAUUAUUUGCAAUGCCGUCGCCGUCGACGAGACCGCUGGUGACAAGCACGCGACCGCAGUGGCGUCGUCCGGUGCCGCCAUUGGUGACGACGGUGCUCAUUUCCAUAUUGGUGCUCCUCUCAGUGUUGUGCCUUCCUGUCGCCGCGGACGCGAGCCGAGCGCUGCACUACCACCGUAAGCACCGGAGGCACCACAGGCGCCACCGCGCGUCGGAGAACAGCAGCCACAUCUCCGUGCCCCCGGCCGCGCUUCCUCCCGGCGUCGACGGCGAUUCUCCGGCCGAGCCUCCGAGUCUGCCUCCGGAUGCUGGCGACGACGCGCCGGUGCCUCGCCCUCGACGCCACAAGCGGUGCUACUCGCCAUCGCGUCCUCCUCCUUCAGUAGCACCGGCGCCUGCUCCAGCCAAGCCACCGCCGGCAUUCUCCUCAGCAAAACCCCCGUCAGCAGAGCGGGCUAAGGCGCCGACUCAUUCUCAUGCCAAGCCGCCGUCGUUGCCGCCGGCCAAGCCACCUAAUUUCUCCUUGGCCAAGCCACCGUCGCCUUCGCCAGCCAAAGCACCAUCUCGUUCUCAUGCUAAACCACCGUCGUCGUUAUCACCAGCAAGGCCACCGUCGCCCUCUCCCAGAAAGGCCCCGGCGCCUACGUUCUUUCCCUCCAAGCCACCGUCAUUGCCACCGUCGCAUGCCAAGCCGACACCCUGCACUCCGGCUAAGGCACCACUGGCCCAGCCACCGAGACUAGCCCCGGCCAGGCCACCAAUGCCAUCUCCAGCCCGGCCACCACCGUUCUCCCCGGCGAGUCCACCGGCACAUCCUCCGGCCAAGCCAUCAAAGAGAGCUCCUGCACAGACACCGCGACUCGCCCCGGCCAAGCCACCGACGCCGUCGCUGUCGCCGGCCCAGUCGCCGCGCCCUUCCCCGGCAAAUCCGCCAGCAGCCUCUACGGUGCCAGCGAAGCCACCGGCGUUCCCUCCAGCCAUGUCAAAGCCAAUUCCGCCGCCGCCGCCUCCUGCCAAGAACAGCUCGUCAGCCUGCGCCAACGUGUUCGACGUGAGGGCGUUCGGCGCGUCGGGCAACGGCUCGAGCGACGACACGCGCGCGUUCCGCGCGGCAUGGAAGGCGGCGUGCUCCUCCAACGCCUCCACGACGGCCACACUGCUGGUACCACCGGACGGCGUGUUCACCAUCACCUCCACCAUCUUCGCCGGGCCAUGCAAGUCCGGGCUCAUCUUCCAGAUCGAUGGCGUGCUAAUGCCGCCGGACGGGCCGGCGAGCUGGCCAGCGACGGACAGCCGGAGGCAGUGGAUAGUCUUCUACAAGGCCGACGGCAUGACGCUGGCGGGGAAGGGCACCAUCGAGGGCAACGGCGAGGAGUGGUGGGACCUCCCGUGCAAACCUCACCGGGGCCCCAACGGAUCGACGCUGCCCGGACCAUGUGACAGCCCUGCGCUGAUACGAUUCUUCCUGAGCAACGGCGUGACGGUGAGCGGCCUGCGGAUCGAGAACAGCCCGCAGUUCCACCUCAAGUUCGACGACUGCGUGGGGGUGCUCGUCGACGGCCUUUUCGUCAGCUCGCCGGCGUUCAGCCCCAACACCGACGGCGUCCACGUCGAGAACACCACGGCCGUCCAGAUCAUCAACUCCAGGAUCUACAACGGUGACGACUGCGUCUCCAUCGGCGCCGGCUGCUCCGACGUCCACAUCGAGAACAUAACGUGCGGCCACGGCCAUGGCAUAAGCAUCGGCAGCCUGGGCGUACACAACACGCGCGCCUGCGUGUCCAACGUCACGGUCCGGAACGCGCGGAUCCUCGACUCCGACAACGGCCUCCGGAUCAAGACGUGGCAGGGCGGCGCCGGCGCCGUCUCCGGCGUCGAGUUCGAUGGCGUGCGGGUGCAGAACGUCAAGAACUGCAUCGUCAUCGACCAAUACUACUGCCUCGGCAGCGGGUGCGCCAACCAGACCUCCGCGGUGCGUGUCGCCGGCGUCGCGUACCGGGACAUCCGGGGCACGUACAACCCGCGGGGCGGCGCGCCCAUCCGCCUCGCGUGCAGCGACGCCGUCGCAUGCACGGGCAUCACCAUGUCCGGCGUCGAGCUGCUGCCGGCCGGCAGCGGCGCCGGCGCCGGCGCGGGGGCGCGGCUUGCGGACCCCUACUGCUGGAACGCAUACGGGUUGAUGGAGACGCUCACGCUGCCGCCGGUGUACUGCUUGCAGGAAGGCCGCCCGGAGUCUCUCCAAGAUCAGCUCACGAGUUGCUGAGACGACAUGGUUUUCUAUUCUCUAACAUUUUUUUCCUUUCCUACCUGACACUUGAUAUUCUAUACAUGACAAAUCGAAAUACGUAAACAA